ACUCUAUAUCAAACAAACAAAACAAAUCAAUGCCUAAAAAUGACUAACAACUUUUAAACCAAAUGCCACCCUUGAAGAGCACUAUAUGUAUGGCAGUUCUUUGCAUUAUUUUUAAGCAGGCAAUUAUUACAAGUAAAGAAACACGUAAACAUUCGCUACCCUCCUUCUCCUUUCACCCAAAGGUAUCUAUCACGGCCAUUUCAAAUGGACCGUGGAGUAAUCUUUUUUGGCUUUCUCUUGUUUGCAAUUGGUGCCGGUGUUGAUGGCUUCCCAAUGAAUGAUUUGAUAACCAAAUUGCCGGGACAACCAGACGUUAGUUUUAGGCAGUUUGCUGGGUACAUUGAUGUGGAUGAAAUAGCCGGUCGGAGUCUUUUUUACUAUUUUGUUGAAGCUGAAAAGGAUCCCAUGAAUCAGCCCCUCACCAUUUGGCUAACAGGAGGACCAGGGUGCUCUUCAGUAGGAGAUGGGUUUUCAAGUGUUGGACCUUUCGUUACUACAAAUAAUGCCCGUGGUCUGCAGAGAAAUUUAUUUUCUUGGAACAAAGUGUCAAAUCUCUUGUUAAUCGACUCCCCUGUUGGAUCUGGAUGGUCAUAUUCAAACACAAGCAGCGAUUAUAGUAAUGGAGAUGAUAGCACCAAUAAAAAUCUGAUGACAUUCAUACUAAAAUGGUAUGAAAAGUAUCCAAGUUUCAAGUCCAGAGAUUUAUAUCUCGCUGGAUCAAGUUUUGCAGGACACUUCGUACCCAAUUUUGCUAAUUCUCUACUUGAUUACAACAAACAAUCAAAGGAAUCCACGUUUAGCGUCAAAGGAUUGGCUUUGGGAAAUCCAAUGCUCCGAGGAAAGUUAGACCUUCUCGCAAGAUUUGAUUUCUUUUUUUCUCGGAGGAUGAUUAAUAGUGAAUUGCACCAGCAAAUCGUGAAAGUAUGCAAUGGCAUUGACGAAAACAAUUACUUGGGUGCCAGCGGAACCAUAUGGACCUUACCAUGCACACUACUUCUGAGUCAAGCACCUUUGGUUGCUUUCAAGACGAGUGAUCCUAGAAUUGCCGGAGGAAAACUCUUUGAUGUCCUUCGCGAUCCAUGUGAUGGAAGUUUGGAAGACUUGAAGUUAGGCAAAGAGCUUACUAAGGUUAGCCAUGAAGUAGAUAUGUGCCUUCUAAUGAGGGCAGAUUUCUAUUUCAAUCUCCCGGAAGUUCAAAAAGCUUUCCAUGGGAAUCGAACCAACUCGUCAUAUGCAUGGAAGAGUUGUUUCUCUGACAAUUUUAAAUACAACGAAGCUGAUAAAGAUCUCGACAUGCUUCCUGCACUUAAAAGGAUUCUUCAACAAUCCGUUCCCAUUACAAUAUUCAGUGGAGACCAAGACGGUAUAAUACCAACGAUGGGAACCUUAAAACAUUUAAACAAGCUGGCGGAGGAGUUAGAUAUGAAAUUGACAAAAGAUGAAGCUUGGAAUUAUGAAAACAAGGAUGCAGGGAGGAAGUACUUAUUUGGAGACUUACUGACUUUCUUGAUCGUCAAGGGAGGUGGUCAUCAUGUUACAUUUUCUCAACCAUCCGAAGCUUUAUAUAUGUUCACAAAUUUCACGAUUAACCGAAACCACUGAGCUUGGCGAUGGAACUUACAAAGUACUUGAUUGUGUCCAAUCCGUCAUUCAGCAGUACUUCCUUUGAUUUUUUUUUUAACAAUAAAAAAUAGUUUAUUGUUGUUAUUGUUAUAAUAUC